CUCUCCUGGAAACCAAACACACAGCUUUUGCUUUUGCUUUUGCUUUUGCCCAAAAAGUUCAAUCUUUUUUAGGCUACUGACAGCCUCCUCCUCCUCCUCUUCCCUUCCAUGGAAUUCAACUUCCGAUCUCUCGACAAAAGGUCGCCUCCGCCGCUGCCUUCCACCCUCGGCUACUUCUCCCAACAUCCACACGCAUUGCGAGGUUCACUGUUUUCUUUCUUGCUCAGACUCAGAAACCACAACAAGAAGAAGGAGAAAACAUUCUUCGUUCUAAUUUCUCCUCUUUUCUUUUCUCUCGUCCUUAUUUUGUUUACAAAUCCAAUUCAAUUCCAUUUACUCCUCACUUUUCUCCACCUCUCAACAGCAACACAACAAACACAAACUGCUGCGAUGAUCGAGCGCCAGCUGGAGAAGGAGAAGAUCAGGGAGGAGAUCAUGGCGGCCGAGAGACGGCGACUUCUCGAAGUCGAGGUCAGAAGAGAGCUAAUGCUCGAGCGAGACAUCGUUAUGCGAAGAGCCGCCGCCGCCGACGGCCUCGCUUUUGAUCACCACCCCCGACUCCUCCACCACUCUUUGGAUCAUGACCGCUUCGCAGCUUCUCUCAUCAACAACCACAACUUACUCCCACUGGCUAAACCUGGCCCAAUUCUUUCUGGAGUCAAGCGGAAAACACCACCAACAGCCAGUGCUAGUGAGCUGCCUCCAACUGGGUUGAAGAAGAAACACAAGGAGAUAUGGAGUUGCGCUAUGUGCCAGGUUAGUGCAAGAAGUCAGAAAGUCUUCAAUCAGCACCUUAAUGGUAAGAAGCACAAGGCCAAUGAAGCGAGACUGAGAGCUCAGAAACUGGGCAAGAGCUCCAGUAGUGCACCAUUGUCAAAGCAAACUGCAAAGUUUUCUGAGCCCGAAGAAGUAACGGAAUCGCUCGACCCCAGUGAUGGUUUAGACGAGAAAAUGCAGGAUGCAUGCACUUCAAAAGAGAAAAAAGAGGAACUGCCAAUGCAGAAAGACCAGUGUGGAGAGGAUUUAAAGAUCAAAGAUGAGGUAGAAAUGGUGCAGGGACCGGGGAGAAAAGAAGCAGUGAGAAAGAAGAAAUUUAAGUUUUGGUGUGAAAGGUGUAAAGUUGGUGCCUACUCUCCAAAAGUGAUGUUGGCUCAUAUGACAGGGAAGAAGCACAUCGCGAGGCGUCAGGAGGUUACACAAAGUAAUGUUCCAAUUGCAAGUUCCCUGGCAUCGUCAGUGGAGGCUAGUAAGGAGGCAGAAGAUGCUGAUGCGGCCAAAGAAGCUCAUGAGAAGAUUCCAACAGAAAGUGCCAUGUCAUCAUCAGGGACUAAUGCCAAUGGGAAGGCAGAAAAUGCUGAUCUGACCAAAGAAGCAAACAACACUGCCAAAAUUGUUGUUGCAGAUACAUUCCAUGGUGAAUAACUAGGUGUGGAGAGGGGCAUGAUUUGGGGAUGAGUUUGGUAUGUCAACUUUCUGUGUUUUAUUCCAAAUUCGGGUUGUAGCGGCACAGAUUAUUCUUUCUUUAUAGUUCAUGUGGCUGUGAUGUAUAAUUUGAUGAGGUACCGCCAAAACCAAUUUAAUUAUUUGGAAAACCAAUCUAAUUUGAUGCUUAAAAAGAUUUAUGGGGAUGUAUGAUUCCAGGAAAUAAAUUUGAUGA